AUGAGGGAUGAAUCUUGUGGUGGCGGCAGGGGAGAGACGAAAGAAGAACCCUACAUUUGUAAGACUCUGAAAAUGUUUGAGGCAAUUGGUGGUUCCCUAUAUUUUACUGCACAAUGGUCCUAUAGAUCACGAGACACUGUCAUAAAGCACUGUGCUACUGUUGCUUGUGGGCGUGUUGAUCAAGAUGUGAAGAGUAAAUCAAUUCUAGCGUGCAAUUACUAUUGCGACACCAAGUAUUUGCUACCGUAUUCUACUUUUGUCAAUCUGCGAACAGGAGUGGUUUUUCUUUCUUUCAUUUGGAAGGCUCCUAUGUGA